AUGUCGGCCAUCCAGCUCUCCUUCUCUCUCCGCGUCUCCUCCGGUGUCAAGACCGUCCAUCUCCUCGGCUCGUGGGACAACUACACCAACCAGCUUCCCCUGAGCAAGGACAAGUCCUCGUCCAAGGGCACUUGGAAGGGCACUUUCCGCUUCCAGCCUUCUGUCCUCCAGCCCGGUCAGCGCUACUGGUACUAUUACAUCAUUGACGGCUACCACGUCGCCCAUAACCCCAGCGAGGACUCCACCAUCGAGCCGACUACCGGCCGUGCCCUCAACAUCCUGGACGUUCCCGAGUCUUCCAAGUCUUCUUCCCGCACCUCCCGCGAGAGCACUGCCUCCUAUAGCACCUCGGACCCCGGUGACGAGGAAAUCGCCAAGGGCCGUCCGCUUUCUAUCUCCCAGAUCAAGGCCCCCCAGCCCGUCAACCCCAAGGCCGCCCGCCACAUCCUCGACGCUGACUUCGACGAGGAGGAGCUCAGCGCCCACUUCGCUGCUGCUGCCCUCACUGAUGACGACUGCUACUAUCUGGACGAGUCCGACGAGGAUGCCGUCUAUCCGGGCUUCGACACCCCCAGAAGCCGCGCCUCGUCCGUCAGCAGCUCGCUUUCCUAUCGCUCCGACUCGUCGGCUGGUCAUUCGUCGGGCUACAGCACCCCGGCCUCCGAGUGCUCCUCUUGCAUCUGCGAGCGCUACGGCAUCACCCGUCGUGGCGAGCGCGUGCGUCUGGACUGUGGCGGCUCCCGCUGCUCAUAUGACGAUUCUUGCUCGUCGUGCUCUGACUCUGAGCCGGAAUACGUUGAGCGCAGCUCGCGCCGUCAUGGUAUUGUUGUGCGCCACUGCGUGAUGCGUCGAGUUUUGCUUGAGGGGGGGUGA